GCGGGACGUCCGGUGCAUGUCCCCGCCCCUGUAGGAGAGCCGGCCGGAGCGGAGUGUGGAGUGAGAUCUCCUAAUGGAAGUGCCUGUUUAGUGACAGUCCAGCUUUUCCAUGUCAUUUUUGCGGUGGGUGUCUGAAAAGCUGAGUGUCGAGAGCCUGCAGGACGUGGGACUGUUUGGUGAGCGGCCUCGGGCGGAGUAUCACAGGAAGACAGAUGAACACUCAUCGGAAAAUAUUGUGCCUCCCCAGAACUGGGACACCAUGAGCACCUUCCCAGCAGACAGUAGUUCUUAUGAGCUGCUGACUGCAAUAGGUAAAGGGUUUGAUGACAUCAUGGACUGUAACCUUGGGAAGAUAAACCGAACUGGCCAGCAGGUGGCUGUUCGGAGAAUUAACUUGGACAACUGCACCAAUGAGAUGCUUGCUUUAUUACAGGGUGAGCUCCACAUUUCCAAGUUGUUUCAUCACCCCAAUAUAUUGCCAUAUAAAGCCACACUGAUAGCCAACAAUGAAGUGUGGAUAGUGACGCCAUUCAUGGCCUAUGGUUCUGCUAAAGAUCUGAUGAACACACAUUUUACGGAUGGUCUGAAUGAGCCCACGAUUGCCUACAUCCUGCAAGGGGUGCUAAAGGCCUUGGUUUACAUUCAUAGAAUGGGAUAUGUGCACAGGAGUGUUCAAGCAAGUCACAUUCUAAUAUCAUCAGAGGGGCAGGUUUUGUCAGGACUUCGCAGUAUUUUCAUAUGAUCAGCCAUGGGCCAGCGGCUACGGGUGAUCCAUGACUUCCCAAAAUACAGUGUUAAAAUAUUACCAUGGCUGAGCCCUGAGUUGUUACAACAGAAUCUACAGGGUUAUGAUGCCAAAUCUGAUAUAUACAGCCUGGGGAUAACUGCGUGUGAGCUGGCUAACGGACACGUUCCCUUCAAAAAUAUGCCUGCAACUCAGAUGCUGCUGGAGAAGCUGAAUGGUACCGUGCCCUGCCUACUGGAUACUACUACAAUCCCAGAGGAGGAACUCUUGAUGACAAACUCUCAAUCAGCAGUGGAUUCGGGUAUCGUUGAAAGCUCUGCCACUUGUGGCAUGCGAACAACGAAUGGGGAACAAGUGCAGCAUCCGUACAACAGGACUUUCUCCAGGCUUUUCCACAAUUUUGUGGAGUUGUGCUUACAACGGGAGCCUGAGCAGCGACCCUCUGCCAGUGCAUUACUCAAUCAUUCAUUUGUCAAGCAGCUGAAGCUGCGAGUGGUGGAGGUGCUUCCUGAUCUGCUCCGACCGGUCACUCCUAUGACAGACCUGGAAGGCGCUCACCCACACGAGUUGCGAGGAAUGACUGGACUCGUGUCCAGCCUGGAACAGCUGGAGGUGGAGGACUGGGACUUCUGAAAGUGGACCCAUUGCAGAAACUGGGUCUGGUGAUGCCAAUGGGCUUUAUUUGUAUUUUUUAUGUAAAAUGGCAGUUUCGCUGAUUUACAGGCAUUAGCUGGAAUCCAGCGAUGUGUGGCACUGAUAGAAGCUGAAUAACAAGGGUGCACAUCAAACCAGCUCAGGUGGACGAAGGACCACCACCUGCACAUCGAGUUACUUGAAUACUUGAGAUUUCAGAUCAAAACCAUUGCCCUUCUGUUACUGUACCAGCAGCCAGUGAGUGCUGAUGCACUGUGCUCACAUCCUGUGUGAGGACAGUGAUUAUCCUCACUUAUCCCACCUCUCAUGAGUAAGGAGGUACCUUUCUCAGAUGCUCGUGAGUAUGAAAGCAUUGUCCUUGCACCUUUCCCACUGGUUUCCAUGAGUUCAGAGGCAGAGUUCUCAAACCCGCCAUAAAGACAGAGGGUCCUAGACCUCUUCUCGCCCACCUUGAAAACAGCCAUUGUUCUGGAAUCCAUUGCAGACAGAUGCUUGUCCUCCUUCCCUCCUGUCACACUGACAGCGUGAAAGCUUUGCUGUUUUAUUACCUUCUUACAUGAAACCCCUUUGUACCUGAAUUGUUAUUUAUUCAGAGCAAUCAAUAUUAAAGUUUCAUUUGGUUACAA